AUGGCUCUUGGGGAUACACCUGAAAUCGGCCAGCAGGCAUAUGGGACAGUUGAAAAUUCCAACACGACUAACUUCCCGCCAUCACACACCAAACUCACGUUUGCUCCAGUGGUUGACCCAGGUGCAGGCAGCGGGCCAAGAAAGGCCGGUAAAAAAGGCAAGAAGGCCAAAAAAAGCGACCCGGACCCUGACGGGCCCCCCAAGAAUGCUAAGGAAUACUGGCAGCAACACUAUGCUCGUGCGUGCGAGAGCGGGUCGAAUUUGAAGCGCGAGGCUGUUGAGGAGCCCUACGAGACUCCCUCCACCAAAAUACAGCGCAUUUCAGGCCCAGACGACAAAUCUGAGGGGCUUAUUCCAGUCAAGACUGAAGAGGCCGUUUCGGUCAAAGCUGAGGAGGGUGUUUCGGUCAAAGCCGGGGCGGAUGUUUCGAUCAAGGCUGAGGAACCUGGUUUCAUCGAGAUCGAGGCGCCUGUUUUCGUCAAGGCUGAGGGGCCAGGUCUCAUCAAGACUGAGGAGGAUACCGCAUUUGACUACAAGAUACCUUCACCAAGUAAAACGGCGGUCCAGGCUGCAGUCGACGAAGCCUUGCAAACAAUUGAGGACAGGCUUGACAAGGGGGAUAUGCAGGCGUGCAAGGACUUUGAAGAGCUUCGUGAGGCCACGCUGUCAUUUGGGGUCAAUAACUGUAAGCCAGUGGAGGGAAAGUGGAAGCUCAAAGGCUUCAAAACACCACUUUACAAUCACCAGUUGAUAGGGGUGAGAUGGAUGUGUUCCCGAGAGUUCCACCCCCGCGGGUCCAAUGGAGGGAUCCUCGCCGACGAAAUGGGUCUCGGGAAGACAGUUCAGCUCCUGGCGUGCAUGUCACAAAACCCGCCUAGUAGUCGCCGGGACAAAGCCCAAAAAACCCUCAUCAUUGCGCCAGAGAAGCUGUUGACGCAGUGGUAUCGGGAGAUAUUUGAUCAUUGCGACGACAAAGGCCUGCGAGUGUUGGUUUACAAAAACGCCAAUGCAAUGGCCGAUGAUGAGUGCGCCAAUAGUGAUAUCAUCAAAGGGCUCGCCGAAUGUGAGGAGUCGGAGGAGAGUGAGGAUUCUUCAGAUUUUCGAGAGACCUCCCUGAAGCAGAAACUGCACCGGCAUGGCCCCCCGUUGUUUCGCAUCAACUACCACCGCAUCGUUCUAGAUGAGGCCCAUGCGAUUAAUAACAGGGAGAGCAGCACGUCCCUCGCCUGCAGAUACCUCACAGGCAAAUAUCGCUGGGUUCUAACGGGAACCCCGCUGACCAACACCACAGCAGAGGUAUUUCCCUACCUUGACUUCUUGGGCACCAAGUUCAAGAAGUACGAUACCUUCGUUCAGGCUAUGGGGGGCGUCAAGGGCAAGAUGGGAGACAUGGAAGAACUUCAGAAAACGCUAUCGGAACUUACUUUGAGACGUCGUGUUGACACGCAACUGAUGGGCGCACCCAUUCUUCAGAUUCCCAAGGCACAUCCGGUUCAGGUUGUCACGGUUAACUUUUCGCCUUUUGAGAUGGAAGCAUACGGGAGAACAAACCGGAGACAGAUGGCGUUGGAGGUACGGCGCCAAGCGUAUCAAGACGCCGGUCAACCAUAUGAUCCCGGACCAGAAAAGGGUACAAUGCAAAUGAUUGUCGAUCAUCUCCAAUUCUUCACCUCGCAUCCAGCCCUUGUUGAGCCUGACUGGUACGAGGACCAGGAGAACCAAGACAAGUCUAGGCUGCCGGAGCCCAGUGAGUGCGGCCACCCGUUCUGCGCCUCAUGUUUCGGUAACCUCAUAACCCGUCAUCACAACAAGGAGAAAGCCUGUUGCCCGAGCUGCAACAAGCCAGUCGGUUCUGGUAGAUCAGGCAAGGGCAGCUGUCCGAGUCAUCAGGGCAUGCCUAUCCUGCCUCGCGAUAACGGGCACACUUACCGUCACUUUGGUGACGAUGACAAUGGGUUUCAGCCACGGUUCAGUAAGCAUCAAGAAACCACAGGGAAAGGGACGAAAAAGAAGGCACGCAGAGCGAAGUCUGGCAAGAAGAAGAGGCAUCCAUCGAGGAGAAGAAAAGCAGCCAAGACGAAUAAUAAGGGGGGAAAGCAGAAGAGACAAACUGUCCAAACAGUGCAGCAAACACGCGCCAACACGCUCAAUUUCAUGAAGGGCGUCGACUCCCAUCCUUGGGAUCCGGUGCCGCACAGCACUAAAACGAAGGCCACACUUGACCUAAUCGACGGAUGGCAAUCUGAAGCGCCAGAGGAUAAGAUUAUCAUCUUUGUGCAAUGGAUCCCGAUGCUCUCGAUUUUGGGCCGCAUGCUUACACAGAGCGGAUACCGGUUUGUGUACUUCUGGGGCGACCUGGACCAGAACGACCAAGAGCAGUCUCUAAAGACCUUUAGGAAGGUCCCGGCCGUGAAGAUCAUGCUGGCAUCUAUUACCUGCACCGCACACGGUCUGAACCUCACGGUGGCGAACCGGGCCAUCAUGUAUGACCACUGGUGGAAUGUCUGUCGCCAGCAGCAAGCCUUCGGAAGAGUCCACCGUAUUGGACAAACCAAGGAAGUGCAUACGGCCAAGAUUGUGGUUGGAGGCUCUGUGGAUGAGAGGAUUAUUCAAAUUCAGCAGGAUAAGGAGACUGCUAUUUCUGGGGUUAUGGAUGGCAUGGACGAGAUCAAGAAGCGGCCAAUCUCGAUGGCUAAGGAGAUCUUGGGGUUGGGGGAUCUUUCAGACUCUAUCGAUGAAAAUGCUGACAUAGAUGAGGACGAGGAUUACUACGAGGAUAGCGAUGACGAGGAUGAUGAUGAGGAGGAGACUGAUAGCGAGAGCGAAUCCACUAGUGAUGAGAGUGGCAGUGAGAGUGGCUCCGGUAGGGGCAGCUAUGAUGAUGACGAGGAUGAUGGAGAGCACUCGGGGUCGAAGUCGGAUUAG